AUGGGAAUGAAGCUCGAUGAUGAUUUGGUCGUGGACCUGAUCCUGAUGUCAUUACAUGAGGACUAUAAUCAAUUCGUGAUGUUGUACCAUAUGCACGUGAUGACUAAGAGCUUAGCUGAGCUGCAUGGGAUAUUGAAAUCGGCUGAGCAGGAUAUAGUGGUCCUUAAGACUGUGCUUGCUGUUGGGAAAACUCUAGCAAGAAGCGGCGGGGAGGAGCCCGAGGUUUAUCUUGAGUGGGAGCGCCAAAUGGAGCCCAAUUUCGAAUGUUAUUCCUUGACGAACCGAAGGAAGAUUCAAUAUGCGGCUGCCCAUCUUGCCGAAGAUGCCAUCAUGUGGUGGGAACGAGAAGAACGAAAUCGACGACGUGCACAUUAUGAUCCGGUUUCCACUUGGAAAGAGAUGAAAAUCUUCAUGCGAAAAAGGUAUGUACCUCGACGUUGUCUUCGUGACAUGCAAUAUAGAUUUGAUAACAUCAUGCAGGGAGACAUAACGGUUGAGGAAUACUACGGAGAAUUUGAGCAGCUCAUUGCGUACUUAAGAAUUGACGACGAUGAAGAACUCAUGAUGCAUUUCCUAGGAGGCUUACAAAAACGAAUCGCUAGAAAGGUAAAACAACAAGUGUACCGUGACUUGGGACAUCUUGUGCAUGCGGCGAUUCAAAUAGAGCGACAAAUGAACAAGAAGCCGUCAAAGAAUGGGUGCCAACGAAUGCCAACGCCAACGCCUAUACGCGAAAACUUUUCCAAUACCGGAGACCCAAUCAAGGCGCAAAAUCUUGAUGCUCGAAAGGACGAAACUAUCUCAUAUAAAAGAGAAGUCCACAUACGAGGUAACAAAACUUCUUCCUCGUGUACUUAUUUUACUUCUGAGGUUCCGUGUUCAGAGUGUAGGAACCAAAGUCAUUUGCCCAGUGGAAGUUCCAUCCGACAAGAGGUGAGCAUCAAGGAUAACGGGGCAUAUAACUCAAUCGCGAUGGCUGUGGAGAGACACCUUGAGGAAGAUUUCGAAGCUCCAUCCGACAAGGAGAACAAGAGCGUGACCGAAAAGAAAGAAACGGUCGAGAACCCUGGCUUUGUGAGGGAAACAAAACCCAAAAGUUUGGCAAAUGUGAAUGAAGAGCGGCAAAAUGCCAAGGAUGAAUGCAUACGAGCACAAACACCUACACGCAACAACCUUGUCAAAAUCAAAGACCAAGGCAAGGCGACCGAUCUUGAUGCCCGAGAGGAGGAAACCAUCGUGAUUCUAAAAGGAGUCACCUCAUUAGGUAACGAAACGUUUUCCUCAUGUACUAAUCAAACUCGUGAGGGCAUGUAUCACAUGUGUAGGAACCAAUGUCAUGUGGCAUGUCAUUGUCCCAACCAACGAAAGAAUCUCAUCAAGGAUGGCGGGACAUACAAGGCUGAUGUAAGGAACCUUGAAGAUGAAUCCGAUGUUACAUCCAAAGCGGUAACCGAACAUGUAACCAAAGAAAAAGAAACGAUUAAGGAUUCCGAUCUCGUGCUCAAUGAAGUACUCAAAAGUGUGAUCAAUGUCGAUGAAGAGCUACAUGGCAUCAGAAUAGAUGCUUUAGAAGUGGUUACACGAAAUGAGGAUUUAAAAAUCCUGAUCAAUUCAUCGACAAAGAUAAAUGACACCUCCAACAACCGUACUUGGAUCAUAAGUCAAGAACUUGGAGCAAAAACCGAUUUCGUGCAUGGACGACGAGAAGAGUCCGACGAAUCCCACAUGUGUGCCUCCACGGUUCAUCAGUGCUCAAGGAGCCAAAUGCGUCUACCAUUGCACCAUGAACGCCUCAAGGCAUAACACCAUCUUAAACCCAAGGACAAUCAAGAAGGAUGAACCUUUUGAACGAGGAGAAGCGCGAGAACAAAAUCUUCAUACACUUGGCGAAUAUCUCGACAAAACCCGCAAUCAAGGUAUGAAAAAUUUGACUUACGUAUUUAACGAUGCUGACUUGGACCCGUUUGAUGUAGGUAAGCAUGUUUUGAGGACAAAACCUUCUCAAGGGGGAGGGAAUGAUGAGGACAUCGGAGCUAGCAACUUGGACGAGGACGGGAG